AUGAGGUGGCGUUGUAUAUUCCACCGCGUGGGGCUUCGAUUGAAUAAAUCGGCAGCGAAAAACGCCAUUGAACGAUGGAGUGUAGUUGAAACUUGGAUUUGCGAGCACGAAAACGUUGUACAGAUUCUUAGGGGUGUCGUUGAAGAAGAGUUUGCAGAGGGGUGCAAAGGGAAGAGGAGUGUUAGUUCGGCAGCAGAGCUCGCAGCGACAACGACCAAUUUUUUGCAGCUGCGUCGGGCUCGCAGCAGCCUUGCCCCGCCGUUCAACGCUGGAAGGGUGGGGUGGAGGAUCAACGGCAGUGGGUAG